CUUCUUCUACCUUCUUCUCCCUCACUUACCAUUUCCUCUUUCCUCUAAACCCCAUUUCUCUCUCUCACUAGAUCCAACCGCAAGCACAGCACCGCACCGAACCCACCACAACACAAUGAUCCAACCCUAAUUUCACCGUCUCUUACCUCCAAGAUUAUAGAUUACAAAUUACAUUUGCAACGGCGUCGAUUAUUAAAGCCCGUGAUUGUGAGUGGUCUUUUCCCGAACCCAGAAACCCUUCCUUUUUCUGCUUUUCAAUGUUGAAGUGACGUUGUUGGUUCUGCUCAGCCAUUCUCUCAGUCGUUCAAUUCUUGCAAGGUGAAGGUUCCCUUGGAAUCCAUGGCUGUUUCGUAUGUUCACAUGGUUCAACCUGGUAGGGGUUUCCACAAGGGUAACCUUUCAUAUGUCAAUUUCAGUUACAACGGGAGGAGGACCAACCGUUUAGUUUUUGCUUCUAUGCACACGUCAGACCCUAAGGUUGAUUCAUUACUGGACAGUGUAAAAUGGGAUGAUAAAGGCUUAGCUGUGGCAAUAGCUCAGAAUGUUGACACAGGGGCCAUAUUAAUGCAAGGUUUUGCAAACAGAGAAGCAGUUGCCACAACCCUAUCUUCUCGAAAGGCCACUUUCUAUAGCCGAUCAAGAUCGACAUUGUGGACCAAAGGAGAGACCUCUAAUAAUUUUAUCAAUGUUCAUGAUGUCUUUCUUGAUUGUGAUCGUGAUUCUAUAAUAUACCUGGGGAAACCUGAUGGGCCUACCUGUCACACAGGGGCAGAAACAUGUUAUUAUACAUCAGUCUUUGACUUGUUAAAACAGAAAGAGGAUGAAGGAGAUAAUUUGGCAUUAACUUCAUUGUAUGCAUUAGAGUCAACAAUCUCGCAACGGAAAACAGAGUUAACUGGAGAAAAUGAGAAGCCUUCAUGGACAAAGCGAUUAUUGCUUAAUGAUAAGUUGCUGUGCUCUAAAAUCAGGGAAGAGGCAAAUGAGUUGUGUCAAACACUAGAGAAUAAUGAGGACAAGUCACGUACUGCUUCAGAGAUGGCUGAUGUACUUUAUCAUUCCAUGGUUCUGCUGGCACAGAAAGAUGUCAAAAUAGAAGAUGUUUUGCAGGUUCUUCGGCUGAGAUUUUCCCAAUCUGGUAUUGAGGAGAAGAGUAGCCGUUUAUCCCAGAAACCAUUGGAUCAUUAAAUUUUCUGUCAAGUCUAUAUAUCGCAAACAAUAUAUUUAGCUUUCGUUGACACACCUGGAUUAACUGUAUCUGUUAUUAUCUGUGUGACUAUACUGAAUUGGGGUAACUUAUUUAAAUAGCGUAGAGAAUGUCAAGAACACCAUGUAACUGCUAUCCACCCAUUUUUGCAGAUAUCAGUUUUCACUGUUUUUGAGGUAUAGAUAAUUAUAUUGCUUGGAUGCUUA